AUGAUCACCUCUCACCGUGAGCGCAUCCUCGCCGUCAAGAAUCACUCCUCGCCAAGAUAUGGUCCGAAUGCUCCCAAAGAUAAGGAGGAAGAAGAGGCCGAUAGCGACGACUCCAACUUUGUGCCAAACUCCGUCAAGACCAAGGGACUCUUCUCCAAGCUCACUGCUCGCCUCAAGAAGUCCUUUUUCCUCAAGGAAGACCUCCAAGACAAGAUGUACAAGGCCCACAUGGACAACAAGAAGCGGCAGGCGAUUGUCAUCCCAGCGAAGGCGGCGAUAGGAAUCGUGAUUGCUGCCAGGCGCGGGUCGCUGGGCCGCCGGCACCACGACUCGAUCAGGGAGCAGCGGCCAGGGGUAACCAGGAGGCCAGAGCUAGGAGAUUACAACAUGAAGUUCUCUGAAAUUUCUCACUGCACGUUGCGGCCUGCAGACGAAGCAGAAAAGGAACAAGAUCACCCCGAGGGGAGCCUCCCCGCCGAAGUUCUCAUGGAGAUCCUGUCGCAGGUGCCCUACAAGUCUCUCUGCCGCUUCAAGUGUGUGUCCAAGCCGUGGCUCGUCUUCUGCUCUGACCCCGACAUCUGCAAGAGGUGCCCGCAGACCCUAUCCGGCUUCUUCUACAACUACGGUGGACGCGUCAGCUUCCAUAAUUUGUCCGGCAGAGGGCCCCCUAUGGUCGACCCUUCUCUCCCUUUCUUGCGCGGGAGCUAUGACCGGUUUGAGGUCAAGCAAUGCUGCGGCGGCCUCCUCCUCUGCGAAUGCUGGGAAUCACGUCAUGAGGAAGACAAACAUGAUUUUGUCGUGUGCAAUCCUAUAACUGGGAAGUGGACCGUGUUGCCACCUAUACUGUGGCAGAACAAAAUGGAUGGUGAUCCUGUGCGUUUCGAACCGAUAGAGAUCUUCCUAGGGUUCAACGCGGCAGUUCCAUCUUGCUUCACGGUGUUUGUGCCCCUGACCUACUACUAUGAGGAGGAGUUCACAGAAAUGGCGAUCUACUCGUCGAAAACCCGCCGCUGGAUCACGGUGGAGAGCAACCCAAUUACUCAGCUGGUUGGUAAUUCAGAGUGUGUCUUCCUGAAUGGCACUAUGCAUUUGGCUACCAAGGAUGGUUCCAUAGUGAGCGUCGAUGCCAAGGGGGAGGAAUGGUGCGAAAUCGAUAUGCCAAACGAAAUGGAAGGCAGCAGAAGAAGUAAGGUUUCUAUUGGGCAGUCUCAGGGACAGUUGCAUGUGUGGCAGAUAUAUAAUGAUGAUGAUGAUGCUGGUGAAGAUGAUUAUGAUAAUGAUGAUUAUGGUGAUGGUGAUGGCCACCUCUAUGUUUGGGUUCUAAAGGAUUAUGAUAGUAAAAAGUGGAGGCUGAAGUGUAAUGUUCGUGUUUCGGAACUAUUCAAGAGGGAAUGUGGCGAAGAUGAUUUCUCCUAUACAGCGUUUGCAAUUCAUCCUGAAUCUAACUGUAUAUUCCUUACCGACAAGGAUGAAACAACAUUGUCGUAUGAUAUGGAUAAUCUGAAAGUGAAGGUCGUGCGCAAUUUUCAAGAGUUCCAGGAUGCUCUACCUUAUACUCCUUGUUUUGCAGAAUGGUCUUAAUUCGGAUGGUCACUGAAAGUCACUGCAGCUUUAUUUGCUUUGCGUGGAACUACUUCGUAAAAUUGGUUAUGGAUAUGGGCUUAACUUUAUUAUUUUGUGGCGCUGGCUUGGCUAUGUCCUAGAUAUCUCCUAUGUCUACUUCAGUUUGCUCUUUCUAUCAGUUUGUUUUUGUGUACUUUUUGUUUCUUUGAACAAUGUUGGUAACCAUA